AUGGCGACCCGAACCGGUUCCGAGCGAGCUUCCGUCGACACCAAAGACGUCAUCGUCAACGAGAAGCAGCCAGAGGUGCACGUCGCAGUGUUCACGAACGAGGUCGAUACGGGUGCGCAGCUCGUGGCGGGCACGGUCACUCAGGUGGACCCGCAGGAAGCGUUGCGGGUGCGGAGGAAGAUCGACUGGCAUAUCAUGCCGCUUAUGUGCACGAUUUAUUGGGUGCAGUAUAUGGACAAACUCACGCUUGGGAAUGCGGCGAUCCUGGGUCUAAAAUACAACUGGCUCGGGACGAUCUUCUACAUCAGCUACCUCGUCUUUGAGUACCCCCAGAACCUCGCCCUGCAACGUCUGCCCGUCGGCAAAUGGCUCAGGCGAGUACCCCGCAUACAUCCUGCGUCCCGUCGCAGGACUUACGGAAACCCCAACCAGUGUCAACAUCUUCAUCUGGGGCACGGCCAUGGCGUGCCACGCAGCCUGCAAGGACUUCGGAGGCUUGCUCGCGUGCCGCUUCGUGCUGGGUAUAUGCGAGGGUUCGGUUACCCCGGGUUCAUGGUCGUGACCUCCAUGUUCUACACCCGCAAGGAACAGACACUGAGGGUCGGGUACUGGUCUUAUGAUGGCACCGUCAGGCUCGUCGUGAUAACCGGUGCCAUCACCAUAGUCUCUUCCGUUGCAUUCUGGUGGAUUUACCAUUUUGUGCCAAACACGGGUCUUACGACACUCUGGCAGGCUCAUGUUCCCCGACUCCCAACUAACGCCUGGUUCCUCACCCAUGAGGAGCGAGUCAUCGCAGUGCAGCGGCUGAAGGUGAACCAAACGGGCGUGAGAACAAGCAUUCAAGAAGGAACACCUCACGAACCAGACGCAGAUCAUCAUGGAUCCUUCGGGUUCUCGAACCUGCAGACGACGCUCUUCAGCCUCGUGAGCGGCGCGAUCGAGCUGCUGACGAUCUCGUCCGGCGUGAACCUCGCGACACGUCUGAACAACGCGAGGGCGUACGUGGGCGUGUGCUGGUAUCUCCCGACGCUGCUGGGCAUCUUGCUGGUGAACUUUCUGCCGUGGAGCAAUAAGGCAGGCUUGUUGUGCGGGCAGGAGCUGACGAACAUCAGUGUAACGGCGUUCGUACUCGCGCUCUCCUGGGUGACGAACGUCACCGCGGGACACACCAAGAAGGUCACAGUCAACGCGAUCAUGCUGAUCGGCUACUGCGUCGGCAACUCAGCGGGCCCGUUCAUGUGGCAGGCGCAGUAUGUCCCCAGGAACCACGUCCCGUGGACGGUUAUUGGCAUCUGCUACCUCUGCUGCAUGGGCUUGCUGCUGAUCAUCCGGAAACGCGACCUGAGCCGAGAGACACGACGCGAUGAUGUGUACAUCGAGGUCCUGCUCGCGGAUGGAACCACGGUCGAGAGGAAGCUGGAGAAGGUGGGUACCUCGGACGCGGGUCUGGAAAGGCUGCUGACGAUCCUCGCGACACAGGAGUAUCUCGACCUGACAGAUAUCCAGAAUCGUGACUUCAGAUAUGUCCUUUGA